CAGCCAGCAGACCUGAGCAGGCAACCUAGAAUAGCCUGGAAAAAAAAAAAAAAAUUCUCAAAAAGGCAGCUUUGAUCCUGGAUUCUAUCUGGUCCUUUCCACUAUGUUACCUGUGUUCAUUGCAAUACACGUGGCGCAUAUACUGAGAAAGCCCACGGCUGAGCAGUCACAGGGUAUCCUAGCACCUGUAUUUACAUUCUGCAAGUGGGAUAACACAAAGUAAUAGGCAAGAACUGACUCUUCACUGCAUCUCAGUUAUCUGUAAAGGGAAAAUACAUUUAUGUGGAGACUCAGGACCAAGGGAACAGGGAGGCAUUUGCAAAGUGGCAUGAAAUUAAAUAGGACACGUUUGGGAAAGGCAUCAUAAUCAUUACAUGUCACGGGCUGCUAUGGGAAAGGCCAGAUUACCCAAACAACAGCAAGGAAGAGCUCUGACUCCAACUUACAGAGGGACUUUGAGUAUUUAAACAAUGGAGAGGAAAAUAUUUCAAGCUAACUGCUUAGUGCAAAUUGUUUUAAAGGUCCUUCCCUCGAUUUUUGUCUUUAGUUGCCCGAAAAUUAUCUGGUACUGUAUUCAUCUAAGCACGGUUUAAUGUCAAUGAAAGGGUUUAGUCCCUCUAAUUCUGCAUCUUUUCCUUUUCAACCUCUCUUUCGGUCAUGGGCACAGAGCAUUAUCUCUUCCUGGGAUCGGUCUUCUGUACUUAAUUUCACCACAGCCUGGGAAAAGGCAGCACAUUGAGAUGUUGACGUUCCCAACAUCAGGCAGAAGUUUGAUUAUAAUGAUGGCAAACGCUUUCCCACGUUCUUACCCCAGCGCCGCGAUGCCAAGCCCCAUUGUGUCACACGCUCCCCAGUCCACCUGCUCCUUUGGGAGCAGGGUAUUAUCCCCAGGCAAUUCACAGUCAAUUUGCCAUGCUGUAAUAGAUGCUUUCUCUAUUGUCCCGGGGCACGCAUGGAUUGGCUAUCGACUGUGGGAAACUCCAAGUCGCUGAGGACCCAUACAUUUGUAUGCAGCCGCUGCGUAUAAAUAGAGGAGCUCCCAGCUCCCUUGGCCACCUGCUCACCAGCGAGCUCUGAGCCGAAAUCGGCACUUGGGAUAAUGGCACCCAGUGCUCUCUCCCUGGAAAUCCUAACACCCAAAGAGAAGAACAGACUCAGGAAACCCAUUGUAGAAAAGCUGCGCCGUGACCGGAUUAACAGCAGCAUCGAGCAGCUGAAACUGCUCCUGGAGAAGGAGUUUCAGAGACACCAGCCCAACUCCAAGCUGGAGAAAGCCGACAUCCUGGAGAUGACCGUCAGCUACCUGAAAUACAGCCGAGCUUUUGCAGCAUCUGCCAAAAGCCUACAGCAGGAUUAUUGCGAAGGGUACGCUUGGUGCCUCAAAGAAGCUCUGCAAUUCCUGUCUCUCCAUUCAGCAAACACAGAAACCCGGAUGAAGCUGAUCUGCCAUUUCCAGAGGUCGCAAGCAGUGCCGAAGGACCCUGGUUCUUCUUCUGCACCCGCUUCCACCCACCAGCCCCCUGCAAAACAAGCAGCACUGAAACCCUCCUGCAGCCUUUGGAGGCCUUGGUAGGCCAAAAGUAUGCUCAUGUGUUUCCUGGACAUUUGCUCAUAUUCCAGAGGAGAUCGUGACUUGCUAUACAAGUCCCCCCCACUCCUCUCAUGAGUAGGGAAGAAUGUUUUCCUUUUGCAGAGCAUUACUAUGCUCGGAUGUCUGCUUCCCUUCUUCCAGAAGGACUGAAACGAUCCCACCGCGUGGAGAGGAAGUUGUUCGAAAAGAACGUGAGAUGUAAUCCUCCUGCUAGGAGGACUGAGAGGAGUUGUUCAGAGAGGAACGCCGACUGUUCUUAACCUUAGUGAGGUUGUACGUGUACAUCCGUUGAGAAAGCAGUAACUUCUAAGAUGUCCAGGCUAGCAUUUUCAAAAGUGUCCAUUCAGGAGGAGCCCUCUCCUCGGACCUGCCCCCCUUGAGACUCCUCAGUGUCCCCAGCCAUCCGCACCGGGACCGCCCGGCUGCAGCUGUAGCCCUGGGGCCCAAGGCGUCUCAAGCAGAGCAGGUAGCCUUCUGGACACCUUUGAAAACCUAGCUGUCCUAUGGGUGCUGUAACGGGUUCUAUGAUAUUUGUAGACUGUACUCUGAAAAUGGUUAAACCAUAACUCAAACCGCGUAGAGGAAAUUCCUCACUCAGGAUGUCUUGCUCACAAAAUCAGAGUGCUGUUUGUGAGGUUCAGGAUACCUACGCCUUUUAUAAAGGCAAAAGCUCAUUUUUAUAUCCUUAUAGGAAAGAAAGUUACGGCUGUGUUGUCGAUUUUACAAGAAAUACUUAUCAAAGUCUUUCAUGAAAGGCAGGUGUACAAAUUAUAUUUACUCUUUGGUACCCUACCACCAGGGGAGAAUGUGAAUUCAUUACUGUCCUUAGAGGAUCCUACGGCAUGUUAGGCGUGAGCUGCACCAGUUGUAUAACCUGUGCCAGAAAUUGUCUUGAACUUCCGAAGUCGCAGAAACUUUUAACGGUAACAAGAAUAAAUAAAACUCGAGUUCAUAAAUCCAGCAAGUUAUUCUGUCUUGAGUUGUUCGCAUAGCUGAUUUCCCUGUGGUCCCUGGGGUGAAAGGACACCAGGCAAAGAUUUCAGCAAAAGCAAAGAUACUCAGAAUUGGUAUUUAAUUGCCUCACCAGUUUUGUGCCUGCUUGGGACCCCCCCACCCCCACCCCAAUGCUGUUUUCCACAGCGGAGAACACGCAGCUCCAAAAUACCAAACCCGUGUGGGACAAAAAUACCGAGACAUGGCCAACCAAGAGAUUCUUUGGAAAUUCAGACCCAAGGGGCUUGUCAAGAAAGGUCACGGCAAGGGCGACGUGGGGAAAACGCCCGCCUGACGCCCGAGGACCGAAAUACUUCCAGUUGCUGAGGUUUGCGAGGCGCAUCACGGUACCUUCCGUGUCCCCGGGGCGCGCGUCCACUCACAAAAUGCUGGGGAUCGCGGGGAAUUUUAAGUCUAGCUUUCCGCCGGGCGGGCGCCUGAGGCGCGAGUCACCA